UCCUUGCUGAUACUCACGUUUCCAACAUGGCGGCCUCCAUAUCGGGAUUAUUAAAACCUUGGACUCCGAGAGUGUUCUUGGUGAGAUGGAGCAGAUACAAUCCUUACUACCUGGAGCCAGAGGUCAGUAAGGAGGCCUACAGCCGGCCAGAGUCAGAGCUGAGUGCUGAGGAGAAGGAACUGCGUGAUCUGAAGGUCCUCAGACCCAUCAAAGCAGCUACCAAUGAAUCAACCAGCUCCGUUUUCAACGACCCAGUCGUCAGUAAAUUCAUCAAUAUGAUGAUGAAACAUGGCAACAAGGUUUUAGCCAGAGAGAUCAUGACACAGACGCUGGAGAACAUAAAGAAGAAGCAGGUGGAGAAGUAUCACAAAUCUACAGAUGGAAAUAAAGAGGAGAUUGAGUGCAACCCUUACACCAUCUUCCACCAGGCGCUAGAGAACUGUAAGCCUGUGGUUGGGUUGGCCAGCAUACAGAAAGGUGGAAAGUUCUAUCAGGUGCCCAUCCCGCUCUCAGACAACAGGCGCCGUUUCCUCGCCAUGAAGUGGUUGAUCACCGAGUGCAGAGACAACAAACACCGACGCACGCACAUGUACGAAAAGCUCUCCCAGGAGCUGCUGGCCGCGUUCCAGAAAGAAGGCAACGUGAUCAAGAAAAAGCAGGAGAUGCACAAGAUGGCCGAAUCCAACAGAGCGUACGCCCAUUACCGCUGGUGGUAGAGGGACGCCCGCCUGGACCGGACCGAUGCUCCUGCAGCUUCACAGACUGGACAGACAUGCUGAGGCACGGCUGUAAAUAGAACUACCCAGAAAAAAGGUUGAAUAUGUACAGAUCAUUAACCCUUGACCUCAGUGCUCCUUUUUGUAUCAUGAAAAGUGUAUUGUGUACAAAGAACAGCAAAUUAAUGUAAUUAUUACACAAUAAACUCAACAGAAGAAAACUUUUAUUGAAGAAAAUGUACAACCCAACCAUAAAAAAAUGUAACAGAUGGAAAACAUUUGCAAAGAGU